GAAAUAGCAUCUGGGAGGACAUGUGAUAAUGAGAACACUUACCACAGAGAAUGAUUUGCUUAUGCUCUGGUGCUAAAUCAUCAUCAGGGAUCACACCCUCCCUCCUUCUCCAUAUACACUCUGCAAGCACACUAACUGAGACAAAGCAACUUGCCCUUGCAACAUACAGAGCCUCAUUAAAGGCUUGAUCUUGUGCACCUGAAACUCCCAUUGGUGUCCUAGGAUGAGGAAGUGCUAUACUGGAUCAGUCCAUCUACUCCAACAUCCUAUCGCCCCAGAAACCAAUACAAGAUGCUCCAGAAGAAGAUGCAAGAAACUUCAUAAUAAAGACUGAUGGAAUGACCUGCCCACAGGGUGCUGGAGAAUCAGGAAAGAGCACUAUUGUGAAACAAAUGAAGAUCAUCCAUAAAGAUGGCUUCUCAAAUCAGGAAUGCAUGGAGUUCAGAUCUGUUAUUUACAGUAACAUAUUGCAAUCCAUCCUGGCUAUCGUAAAGGCAAUGUCCACUUUAGGGAUUGAUUAUAAAAACCCUGCCAGUAGAGAAGAUGAAAGACAACUGUACACUAUGGCAAAUUCUCUAGAGGAUGGAUCCAUGACUCCUGAAUUGUCUGAAAUCAUAAAGCGACUGUGGAGUGACCCAGGAAUCCAGGCCUGCUUUGAAAGGGCAGCAGAAUAUCAGCUCAACGACUCAGCAGUUUACUAUCUCAAUGAUCUGGACAGGCUGACAGCUCCUGGAUAUGUUCCCAACGACCAAGAUGUUCUGCGCUCAAGAGUGAAAACAACUGGAAUUAUUGAGACUCAGUUUUCCUUCAAAGAUAUGAACUUCAGAAUGUUUGACGUGGGUGGACAGCGAUCAGAGAGAAAGAAGUGGAUUCACUGCUUUGAAGGAGUUACUUGCAUCAUAUUUUGUGCUGCACUCAGUGCCUAUGACAUGGUCCUGGUGGAAGAUAAAAAUGUGAACAGAAUGCAUGAAAGCCUUCACCUGUUCAACAGUAUCUGUAACCACAAGUACUUUGCUACCACCUCCAUUGUGCUGUUUCUAAAUAAAAAGGACCUCUUCCAAGAAAAAAUAACAAAAGUUCAGCUCAGUGUCUGCUUUCCAGAAUAUGAUGGACUAAACACAUUUGAAGAUGCAGGAAAUUACAUCAAGAAGCAGUUCCUAGACUUGAAUUUAAAGAAAGAAGACAAGGAGAUAUAUUCUCAUAUGACCUGCGCCACAGACACUCAGAACAUCAAGUUUGUUUUCAAUGCAGUAACAGACAUCAUAAUCAAAGAAAACCUGAAAGACUGUGGGCUCUUUUAACCAUUUGCUCCCUCAGCUCCAUCCUCUCUAUCUUCCUCUAUCUCUCUCUUCUCACCACUCUUUAUCCUGCAUGUUGGUUGUGGUGGAAAGAGAAAGUGCUGUCAGCUGGGCUUUGGUUAGAUAUAACUUUAUACCUUGGAUGUAGUUUGCAUUGUAGAACAAAGACCCCUGUAAGGAGUGUCAUGAGAUUAUAUGAUCCUGAUGUUGAGAGAUUCUGUGCUCCCAUAUCUCUUAUUGGAAUCAGUAGGAGUUUCCCACUAAAAUCAAUAUGAGUUAAAGUUGAUCAGCAUUUCUCAAGAUAAGGCCCUGUAUUCUUCAAUGAUGGGGGGAAAGUGGUGGAAAGUGAAAGACAAUAUGCAAGAAGGGUUGUGUGGGGUUUUUUAAGGUUUAAGAAAACCUUAAUAUUUAAAAACAUAUCUCUGAAUGUUAUCCAGUCAUUUCAGUUCAGUUUUCUUGUGUUUUCAUGUUACAUUGAUGGUUCAAAAUUAUGUUGCAUUAAUACAACAAUUUUUAUGCAAAUAUAGAAUAACAUGCCCUUAUGGCAUUUUAGAUUGUUGUAUUUAGUUGGCUUAUGGUGCAGCAAUGCAAAUCAGAUUUCUCAAUAUUAUUAUUUGUGUCAAAAAGUUUACGGAAUAUAUAUGUAGAAAUACAUACAUAAUUCAUACAAGAGCUAUAUACUGAAUUUUAAAAAAAUGUAAUAUUGGAAGCAUGAGGCAUCCAAUUUGGGGAAAAAUCAUUGAUAUGCGGUAGAGCAGAAUUAGAGAUAUACCUUACAGUACAUCCCUUAAGGAUAAACUGCAAGUCUUUCUUUGUAGCUGCUAAGACAUGAGUUUAAGGUUCUGAAACCAAUUAUCUCUGGUCAUAGUGUGAUAGCUGCCAUCUUGGAUGACUGAAAGAUCUAUAUAUGUGCAGAAAGUUAAGGGGUAUAGAGAACAUAUAAAUAAACAUAUGAAGGGGCAAACACCAAAGAGGGAGAGGAUUGAAAUGUAGGAUUAGUGGAAUAAAAUUAAGAAAGGAAAAUUUUAGUCCUAGUUUCAGGAAAAUCCUUUUGACAGUAACACCCAUUAGACCUCAUAUAGUCUCUCACUUGGGUCUUUUAAAACUAAACUGAAUAGAACACUAGAAAAUGGAGUGUAGUGGACAGUCCUGCAUUACACAAGAUGACCAAAUACAGUAGGGUCUGCCAUUCCUAAUAUCUGUGUUUCUAUUAACUUCUGAAUUGCAGCCCUUUAAUUGACAUUCAUUAUUUGUAUUUUCAGUAAUGUGUAUUCAAUGCCAACGCAUUGGGAUGACUUUAAAUCAACAAAUCAUGUUUAAAAUGAACGCUGUCAAGAGUGGCAGCAUCAAAAUUAAUUUCUGAAUGCCUUUUUUAAACCAUGGCUUAUAACUGAAAAACCCAUGUGUUAUUUAUGAUAUCGUUCACACCACUUCAAGCAAGAGCAUGAGCAAAUGAAUGGACCUUAUACUGUGCCCUGAAGUUCAACAAAUGUAAAUUGCACACUGUGGGGUUUUAUGCUGCAUCCUCUGAAGCAUCUGGUGUUGACCACUCUCAGAGACAGGAUUCUAGGCUUCAAGACCCAUUGCUCUGAUGCAGAAUGGCAAUUUCUUUGUUCUUAAACUUGAGAUCUUGAAAGCCAACAACAGGAAUGAGCUCCAGCAUUGCGGGCCCAACACCAAAAAUAUUCUAAUGCUCCCAAAAGUGCAAAUAUAAUGACUUUUAAGAGAACUUCUUCUGAUCUCAGCAGUCAGAAAGGCAGUAUCUAUUGUACACAGAACCAGGACUAUGCCUGUAAAAUGACCAGUUUUUCCCCUCAGGAAUAUUUGCAUGCAAAACCUGAUCUUUUCACAAAUAUUUGCAAACUUUGUCAGAAGCAAAUCUCUCACCGAAUACAGCCCUUCACUGCAAAAAGAUCUAAUUUUGCCAACUAAGGAAACUCAUCAACUUGCUUAAAAUCACCACAAGAAGAAAUUUACUAU